AUGGUUUCGGUGGCGACACCAGUUACUUAUAUGAAGAUCCACUAUGGGCUUAUCGAAAAGCACCAAUUGGAGCUAGACAAUUUGACACUGACCACUCACCCCAUCAAAACACUAAAAUUCUUCACAUUAGCUAUUGUACAAUACUUGAAGAAAACGACAAGAUAUCUUUUGGCCAAAGGUGGAUGGCUUUUGCUUCUCAGUUUUGUGGUAGGGGCCUUUAGCAUAAUGCUCAUUUCUAUCGAUGGUCCUCAUGAAAAGCAUCUUGAGGAGCUACUUAAAUAUUUUCGCUUUGGAGUAUGGUGGAUAACCCUUGGGAUUGCAUCUUCAAUCGGUCUUGGGUCUGGUUUGCAUACUUUUGUUCUAUACUUGGGUCCCCACAUAGCAUUCUUUACAAUCAAAGCCAUGCAGUGUGGCCGAGUUGAUUUGAAAAGUGCUCCAUAUGAUACUAUACAGUUAGAUAGAGGUCCUUCUUGGCUUGAUAAGGAUUGCUCGCAAUUUGGGCCGUCGUUGUUUCAGUCAGAAUAUGGUUCACAGAUUCCAGUCGGCAUCAUUUUGAUUCAAGUUCAGUUGGAGGCUGUUUUAUGGGGCAUGGGAACAGCCAUCGGGGAGCUUCCUCCUUACUUUAUCUCCAGGGCAGCACGCCUGUCUGGGAGCAAAAUGGAUGCAAUGGAAGAGUUAGAUACUGAAGAUGAAGGAAUCAUCACAACCUACUUAAAUCGCAUCAAGCGUUGGUUCUUAUCACAUUGUCAACAUUUAAAUUUUUUUACCAUUUUGGCACUUGCUUCGGUUCCAAAUCCUCUAUUUGACCUUGCUGGUAUCAUGUGUGGACAAUUCGGCAUUCCAUUUUGGAAAUUCUUUCUUGCAACUUUCAUCGGAAAGGCUCUUAUUAAAACUCACAUACAGACAAUAUUUAUCAUCUCAGUUUGCAAUAAUCAGCUUCUUAACUGGAUAGAAAAUGAACUUAUCUGGGUUCUUGGUCAUAUACCUGGUUUCGCUUCUAUUUUGCCUAAAGUGAUUGCGAACCUUCAUUCCGUUAAAGAUAAGUAUCUGAAAGCACCUCAUUCAGUUUCUCCAACUGUCAAGGGAACAAGAUGGGAUUUCUCGAUUACUUCAAUCUGGAACACAGUGGUGUGGCUUAUGCUUAUGAAUUUCUUUGUUAAGAUAAUAAAUUCAACUGCUCAGAGUUAUUUGAAGAAACAGCAGGAGAUAGAACUAGCUGCAUCAAACAUUUCUACAUCAACAGAUUAG